AUGUCUUCGAACGAAACUUUUUUGCUCCAGGGACUGGGUGACGAUAUCAUCCGAGACCUGAUUGGCAUUGCCUGUGGAUCUAUAUUCUACGCCUAUGGUGAUACAUAUAGCGACAUGAUCCUCACGCUUAAUAACGACGCUCAUGAGCAUGAUAGGCGAAGGGGAUUGACGUCGAAGCCCGUACUGGGCAUGCUCGUUGUAACCCUCGUCAUGUUCGCGCUGUCAAGCGCACUCUGGGUUAUCACACUUGCACUCCGCGUCAGAAGGACCCAUCUAGAACUCGUUGCAAACUCAAGUGAAGCACUCGAGGAUAGGAUAUCUGAUGCCAAUGAAGCGACAAAAACGAUCAAGUGGCUCGUAGAUAUCCUAUUCUCGUUUGAGUUCGUUUUGGGUGAUAUUGUCGUCAUCUGGCGUGCUUGGACCCUAUGGCAAGGCAAUUGGAAGAUAAUGCUUACCCCUAUAGCCCUCCUGGUGGGAUCUGUUGUCGCCGCGUUCAUAUUCUUUGGAUGCAUCGUUUCUAGCGACUUUCCACUUGACGUUGAUGAGCCGAAUUUAUGCAACAAUGCUGAGAUCGCUAGUUGGGCCAUGUCUAUGGCUACAAAUGCUGCCGCUACAAUCCUUAUUGCGUACAGGACAUGGCAGCAUCGACAGUCUAUCAAGAAGAUACUAGGCUCGACAGAUAAGGUGACAGGGGCUGAGCGGAUCUUGUGGCUGCUUGUCGAGUCAGGCUUGAUUUAUUUUGUGCUUUGGGUUCCUCAGGUCGUUGGAUUCUCUCCUGCAGCUUAUACUGUUCCCUCCGCCAGGCUCGCGGAAGACAUUCUCAACGACAUCGGAAACCAAAUCGUGGGCCUCUAUCCUACCAUGAUCGUUGUCUUGGUCAACCUUAAUCGGUCUGUGUGGGACUCAACUGAAUUUUCGCACCAAGUGAAUCACAGCACCAUGUGCUUUGCAUCUACGCCAGGUCAUACCGCCACGGUGGCGACGAACAAUGGCCAAAGACAUGCCUCCAUACAUUUCGAGACGGUUCUACAUUCGGGGUCAAUAAGCGACCCGGACUCUGAACAUCGCGAUGAUAAGCCUGAAUCAGUCGAUAUGGUGUAA